AUGACUAGCACAGCUAGCAACUUGGCCAGCACAGUGGCCUCUGCCACUACGGCUGCCAUGGAGGAUCUCCGCUUCAGCCUCACGGACUACAUAGUCUUCUCCCUGAUGCUAAGUGCAUCGGCCGGAAUUGGAGUCUAUUUCGGGUUCUUCUCGAAGGCCAAGAACACCACAGAGGAGUACCUGCAGGGCGGCAAGAAGAUGCCCACCCUUCCUGUGGCCAUUUCCCUUGUCUCGAGUCAGCUUUCCGGAGUCGCCAUGAUGUCCGUACCGGCGGAGACUUACUCCUUUGGAUUCAACAUGAUAUUUGUGGUCUGGGCCAUGGUCCUGGCGGUACCAGUUCUUAUAUAUGUCAUUGUGCCCGUCUUCUACGAUAAUAAUGUCUCCAACUGCUACGAGUACCUGGAGAUGCGUUUCAGCAAGCGCACCCGCCAGUUGGUGACCAUCACGUUCAUCAUCAACCAGUUCCUGAUGCUUCCCGUCUACAUGUUUGUGCCUUCGCUAGCCUUUUCACAAGUCACCGGCUACAACAUCCACCUGAUCAACACGGUGGUCUCGUCCAUCUGCGUCUUCUACACGAUGCUCGGCGGGAUUAAGGCUGUAGUCUGGACAGAUGUGGUGCAGGGAGGCGUUAUGUUGAUCUCGGUUGUUUUGGUGGCCAUUUUGGGAACCUCGAACACAGGUGGUUUGGAAAAUGUUCUGCAGAAUGCUUCCGAGGGUGGUCGCUUCAACUUCAAUUUUGGCAUAGAUCCCCGCCUGCGGCUCACCUUCUUCAGUGGAAUGGCCAGCGGUCUGCUGAUGUGGACGGGUAAACUUGGCCUGGACCAGAGCUGCGUGCAGAGGAUUGUGUCCAUGCCAUCUUAUGGCCAUGCCAAGAAGUGCCUCGUUAUGGCUGGCUUUGGUUUCAUCAUCAUCAUGUCCUUCACCUGCUUCGCUGGAAUCAUCAUGUUCGCCUACUACUACGGAUGCGAUCCCAUUCAGGCUGGGCUGGUCAGCAAACCAGACAAACUGAUGCCGUUCUUCAUUCAAGACAUUAUGGGGCACUUGAUGGGCAUGCCCGGCGUCUUCAUCUCCUGCGUGUUCAGUGCCUCGCUGAGUUCUCUUUCCGCCAGUCUGAACUCCUUCGCGGGAGUGGUUUACUUCGACUACAUCAAGCCAAGAAUCAAUCACACGGAGGCCAAGGCCAAUGCGACCAUGAAGAUGCUCAUCGUGGUCAUGGGAGCAUACUGCAUCGUGGGCGGCUUCGUGGUGCAGAACUUCAACUCCAUUAUCCAGACGAUGUGGACGAUCACCGGCAUUAAUAUGGGCGCUGUCGUCGGAGUCUUCUGCCUGGGCAUGUUCGUGCCCCGCUGCAAUGCCAAGGUGGCCGUUAGUGGAAUCGCCUUCAGUGUCCUGGCGAUGCUGUGGAUCAUCAUCAACGGCCAGAUGAACUUCAAGGCUGGGCUGAUCAAGUACGACACCCUGCCCAAUGGCCUGGACAAGUGUAACGCCGAGAGCUUCCAGGUCAUCUUUAACUCCAUCAACAAAACCAACUUCGCCACCACUCCGGUUCCCUCUCUGGAAGCCCCCAAGCAGGUGACCACCGCUUUCGGCAGCGAUCGCGACUUCUCGAUCUACGACGCGUCUUUCUACUGGUACAAGGUGAUGGGUGCCAUUCUAGUAUUUGCAUGGGCCAUUCCCAUGAGCUAUGUUUGGCCCCUGGACAAGGACGAGAAGCAGAACCCCAAGCUAUACUCGCCCUUCGUCCGAAGCUUGUUGAACCAGCCAGGCCCGUCCUUGGAAUUGGAGGAGUUGCCUCUGAAGACGCCACUGUCCGAAGAGCAAAUCAAGGAGAAGGAAAACGGGAUCGCAUCAGAGGCCUAGUAUAGCAUAUCAUCACAUCUGUACAUUUGCAUUAGAAAUAUUAAGUAACAAUAAGAAUUGCACCCAAGAGUUAUCGACUAGGGAACAAAGUUCCCAUUUAAAAUAAAAGGUAAUACAAUUGCGUUGGAGCGACUUCAAACGCAAAAUAAAUUGAAAUGCUAUAAUUAUGAAA